GAGGAGAAGGCGGAGGGCGGAAGUCCGCGGCCCCCGCUCUGGGCUGGUGAGCGGGAGUUGGCGACUGCAGGGCGCUGGGGAGGCGGCGGUGGCGGCGGCAGCAGCCCUCGCUCGCUUCGCUCCCACCAUGCCGUGCGUGGCCGACUGGCUCAACAACCCCUUCAGCAUCGUGCAGGGCAUCUUCGCCCAAAAUACUCCAAAUUCCGACUGGGAGAAGAAGGUAACUGACUACUUCAAAGAGAAAUUAAAGGAAAAUAAUGCUACUAAUUGGGUCCCGUCGCUGAAUGAUGUUCCUGUGCAUUACCUGAAGCCCAACAGUUUAGUGAAAUUUCGCUGUAUGGUUCAAGAUAUGUUUGAUCCUGAGUUUUAUAUGGGUGUAUAUGAAACAGUUGACCCAAACACAAAUGCACGUGUUUUGCAUUUUGGUAAAUACAGAGAUGUGGCAGAAUGUGGGCCACAGCAGGAAAUUGAUAUGAACUCCUCACAAACAGUCACCUUGGAAAGACAGACGUUCUACUGCGUUCCAGUGCCUGGUGAAUCAGCAUGGGUGAAAGAAGCAUAUAUCAGUGCCAGCCAAGCUCGAGUUAGUCCUUCAACAUCCUACACACCAAGUCGCCACAAGAGGAGCUAUGAGGAAGAUGAGGAUAUGGAACAACAUCCAUCUAAACAGAAAGAGCAACAUAUGGGCAGUGGAGGCGAUAGUCAUGGAUGUGGGGAGCCAAAAAGAUUAGAAACUGAAGCUUCUGCAGGUCAUCAUCUCAUUUCUCCCAACUGUUCCCCUCCUCUUGACUUAAAUUUUCCACUGCCGGGGGAGAAAGGACCAGCAUGUCUUGUAAAGGUAUAUGAGAGCUGGGAUACCUUCAAAGUCAAUGAUGUUCUGGAGGUGUAUGGUAUUUUGUCUGUGGAUCCAGUGCUGAGUAUAGUGAACAGUGAAGAGAGGGAUAGCUCAACGCUCGAUCCUAUGGAGUGCAUGGACACAGCAGAAGAGCAGAGAGUACACAGUCCUCCAUCCUCAUUAGUCCCCAGAAUCCAUGUGAUUUUGGCACAUAAAUUGCAACACCUUAAUCCAUUACUGCCUGCUUGCCUUAAUGAAGAAGAGAGUAAAACCUUUGUUUCUAAUUUCAUGUCUGAGCUGUCACCAGUUAGAGCAGAGUUGCUUGGGUUCCUCACACAUGCCCUCCUGGGAGACAGUUUGGCUGCCGAGUACCUUAUACUGCAUCUCAUCUCUACAGUUUAUGCAAGACGAGAUGUGCUGCCUCUGGGAAAAUUCACAGUCAACUUGAGCGGAUGUCCAAGGAACAGCAUCUUCACAGAGCACAUAUACCGCAUAAUCCAGCAGCUCGUUCCAGCAUCCUAUCGCCUACAAAUGACGAUUGAAAAUAUGAACCAUUCACGAUUUAUCCCACGCAAAGACUACACAGCUAAUCGCUUAGUCAGUGGAAUACUGCAGCUUGCCAGCAACACUUCCCUUGUAAUAGAUGAGACUCAGCUUGAGCAAGGACAGCUUGACACAAAAGGUGUGCACAAUGUGAAAGCAUUGGGUAAUCUGAUAACUUGGCAGAAAGUGGAUUAUGACUUCAGUUACCACCAGAUGGAAUUCCCAUGCAAUAUUAACGUUCUUAUCACCUCAGAGGGCCGAUCGCUCCUACCGUCAGAUUGCCAAGUCCAGUUACAACCACAGAUAAUUCCACCAAACAUGGAGGAGUACAUGAACAGCCUCCUAACUGCAGUGCUCCCUUCUGUGUUGAACAAAUUUCGAAUUUACCUAAGUUUGCUGAGACUGCUGGAUUACAGUAUAUCUGAUGAAGUGACAAAGGCAGUUGAAGAGGACUUUGUAGAAAUGCGCAAGAAUGACCCUGAGAGCAUAACAGCUGAUGAUCUGCACAGAACUCUGCUUGUAGCAAGGUUCCUGUCUCUCAGCGCGGGGCAGACAACACUGUCAAGAGAGAGGUGGCUGAGAGCAAAACAACUGGAGGCAUUGCGUAAAGCCAGACUUCAGCAGCAGAAGUGUGUUAAUGGAAAUGAACUUUAAUGUUUUGUGGAUGUCAUGAUAAAAAUUUGUCUAAUCCUAGAUGGAACCCAUACUAAGAUUGGGAUAUUGUUUAUACCAGUUUUUUUGUAGAUAAUUUAUACCAAGAUAUUAUGGAUAUUUACCCUUGCAAUCUGAACACACUAUCUCUGUUCAGCCAGCUAAACAUAUUUUAUGAAAUUUUUUUGGAGCCUGUUUUGUAAUUGAGAAUUGGUAACACUGAGCAAAUGAUUUGAUAUUAAAGUUUAAUACUGAAUUUGUGUAAACUCAUUUCCUUUAACAAUAGGAAAAUGUAACUCAUUGCCCUUAUAGCAGGGGUAGGGUCUGCUUGGGAAUAACUAGGGUAUGAUUCUUGAGUUGUGUAAGUUGGAGGACCAGAGGCAGCUGCUGAGCACUUUCUGUAGGUUUAAGUUGGACUUUAGGCAGCCAGGGCUCUGCAAGGUGUGUUGUUUCCCUCUGAGCAGCAGAAUAAUACUGAUUAUAGUGCAGUAUGAAGAAUCAAUUUAAAAUUAUCUAAGAUUCUAGUAUGAAAUUCAUCCCUUUACUUAGAGAAGACUACGGCUAACCUACAAGUCCCUCUAAUGAGCUUUAUUCUGAUACAGCUUGAAGUGUAACAGGACAACUGAUACUCAUGUACUCAUAUAAGCCACAUCUUACUAUCUACAUUAUUAGUAAUGCAGUGGUUUGUAUGAAUAAUAUCAAUUAAGUAUUAAGAGUGGUCUCUAUCUUAUACUGUACAGUUUGCACUGAUGGUCACAAGAAUCUCCCCUGCCCUAAUAUGAUUUGCAGAACUGGUGGAACAAAAGUGGUUUGAGUGAAAUACUGAACUAAUACGGAGUAAUCCAUAAAGAUGGUACAAGGGUAGGGCUUCUGUCCCCGUGGAGAACUUAAAGAAAAAAUAUAUGAAUCAGUGCUACAGGUAAUUCUAGAUAAGCCUAAAUAUUCAAUUCUUUUGUGAACUUUACAUUAAGCCUAAACCACCUUACUUUUUGAGUGAGACUGUUAACAGGAAGCUGCUAGUUUAUUCCAUUUUCUGUUCCAAGCACAAUGGUAGCUGCACAGAAACAAAAUAGUUUUUUUUGUCUGCAACUUAAUGGUACUCAAUUAUAAAAGUUUUUUGAAUACACUUUUGACAUCAGCCAAUAUUGUUUUUUCAGCUUAAAGAUGUGUUUAUCUAAAACCUGGCUCCAGUCUGGGAAAAAUGCAAAAACACAGCCUGUAAAUGUUUUCUUAAUGAAGAUUUUGUUAUGUUACUGUCUCUUCAAGAAAAUAAGAUGCUUGUAGAAAGAACUGA